AUUACAACUUCAGUAUCUGUGAUGCAGGUUUUCUGUGUGUGGCUGGUGGGUUGAGCAGAUACAGUUUUUCAUUUUACUUUUUUUUUUUAUUUUCACUGUGCGACACAUUCCCACACGUUCCCAUGGUGUCAGCUUAGUUGCACGGAGUUUAAACGAACCAUCAAGGCAGAAACUUAUUUUUGAAACGUUAAAACUUUAUUUAACUUUAUUUUGAAGGGCCCCACUCUGACCGGAAGUUCCUUAUUUGGACUUCCUCGCUAUGUGCGGCUUGACGGCGCGGCGGGCUUUGCGGAAGUGCUUUCAUCCUGCGGGAGGAGAAGAAGAAGAAGAGGCUGCUCCUUCGUCUCCACAGCAAACCGUCCGCGGAGGACCCUUCGGAGCCCGGGAACCCCACAGCAGCAGCCCCUCCGCCGGCCUCCGGGACCCACGGGCGAUGGCGAGGCCGAGCCACAGCGAUCACGUCCUCCAGCAACUCAACAACCAGCGCGAGUGGGGCUUCCUGUGCGACUGUCUCAUUGCCAUCGGCGACAUCUACUUCCGGGCUCACAAGGCGGUGCUGGCGGCCUGCAGCUCCUACUUCAGGAUGAUGUUCAUCCGGGACCAGCAGGGGGCGGGCCGCCUGGACCUGAGUAACAUGCAGAUCAGUGCUGAGUGCUUCGACCUCAUCCUGCAGCUCAUGUACCUCGGGCGCAUCGUCGUGGGCAGUUAUGAGUUUGAGGAGCUGAAAGCGUCCAUGGCAUACCUGCAGAUGUACUACAUCCCCGACUCGCUGGAGGACCUCAGGGACAUCAGGAGCUCCAAUAUCACGCCGUCCUCCUCUGCCUCUGCCUCCUCCUCCUCCUCAUCCAGCUCCUCCGCUGGGCCUGCUGGCGGGAAGAUGAUGUUUGGUGUGCGCAUGUACGAGCAGCAGCGGCCCGCGGCACCUGAAGGGGAGCGUCUGCCGAAGGCCGUCACGAGCAGCACGGGGCGUCCGGCCGUUCCUGCUGCAGUUGGCAGGCCAGCCACGACUGAAGAGGCGGCAACCACUCCUCUGAUUGUGGCGGCGCCAGUUUCAGACGGAGCAGGUGAGCAGCCGUGUGACCUGAGGAAGCGGUCGGGCGGCAGGAGUUCAACUCUCAAGGACCGCCCUAGGUUCGGUCGCACGUACACCUGUGAUGACUGUGGCUUCGUGUUCAGCUGCGAGAAGCUUCUAAUCGAGCAUAUCCUCACCUGUACCAACCGCAAAGCCUUCCACCCACCCCGAGGCAACACUGAGGGUGACAACGACUCAAGUAAAGCAGAGAGCUCCGCCUCAGAGAGCGUGGAGGAGCACCGGGUCAUCUGUAAAGGCGAGGACGACUGGCCUGAGGCCAAGACUGCCCGGUCAGUCCCAGGCGGACCAGACGGCGAGGCUGGGUCCACCAGGAGCAUCAAGACCGAACCAGAAGAGAGCAUGUUCCCUGAGAUUGAGGUGGUCCGUGUCGGUGAGCACGCCGCCAGAGAUUUUAGUGCUCGCUUUGGUGACGCAGCGCUGAGGGACAAGAUGCCAUCGGACCGCGAGCCCGAGCCCGGUGUCUCCGGUUUGGAAAACAGCAGCGAGCCUUUCGAAGGCAACGAUUCCGGCAUCCCCGCCAAGCUCCGGAAGGUCAAAGACGAGAAGCAGGAUGCUGAUGGCACGCCCUGCGAGGUGUGCGGCGCUCUGUUAUUGGAGGAGGACAAGUCCGCGCACUACCUGUCUAACCACAUGGGGCACAUAUGUGCCUGCGGCAGGUGCGGCCAGGUGUUGAUCAAAGGCCGGCAGCUGCAGGAGCACGCCGAGCGCUGCGGUGAAUCCCACGGAGCCGAGUCGGACUCCCAUGGCGAGGAUGAGGCGUCCCUGCUGGAGGAGCCGCACGGGAUGGAGGAGGGGCUACUGGAGGCGGCCGACCUGGCGUGCCCGCACUGCGGCCUGCUGUUCCAGAACGAGAGCCUAGCGCUGGAGCACGCUCUAUCCUGCCACGACCAGGAGCUGUUCCGGCCCACCAUGCUGGAGGAAGGCGGCGAGCCCGACCACCGCCGCAAACACUUCUGCAGCAUCUGCGGCAAAGGCUUCUACCAGCGCUGCCACCUGCGUGAGCACUACACCGUCCACACCAAGGAAAAGCAGUUCACCUGCCAGACCUGUGGCAAGCAGUUCCUGCGUGAGCGCCAACUCCGCCUCCACACUGACAUGCAUAAAGGUAUGGCGCGCUACGUGUGCCCCGUGUGCGACCAGGGGACCUUCCUCAAACACGACCAUGUGCGUCACAUGAUCUCCCACCUGUCAGCUGGGGAAACCAUCUGCCAGGUGUGCUUCCAGAUCUUCCCGGGUGGCGAACAGCUGGAGAAGCACAUGGACGUCCACCUGUACAUCUGUGGCGUGUGCGGUGAGAAGUUCCGCUUGCGCAAAGACAUGCGGAGCCACUAUAACUCCAAACACACCAAGAGACUAUAACGGCGCCGGCGCCGCUGCCGCGUCCACAAGUCUGUUACUAAGAAGCCAUAAAUGUGAGAACAAAGAAUGCACUUGAACACCAAAAAGACUGAACUGCACUUUGAAGCCGUAUGCAAACUAACCAGGCGUCACACUGCGAGCGGCGAGCUGCGGGUCCAGCAGCGCCUUAGUGACUUCUGUCCGCUCGAGGCUUUGCGCAACAGGAAGCUGGUGGGUUGGUAGAUACGUGAGGCACACCUGAGGCAGGAAGCCUCGUGUUAGAAUAAAUAGCAAACAGCAUGCCGCCUAGAAGCAGACUGCUAGGUGUCGGUACAUGGAGAGUGGGAGGUGGGCGGUGGCACACAGGCUCCACCUACAGCCUGCCUCUCUCCAUGACGAUGGUAUAGUCACCAUGCGUGACAGGAUGGUUCUGUCUGCCAUAUUGGAGCUGAACUUGGUGGUGAAAGAGGCAGACCUUUUUCUGGAGGGAGGGGUGUGUUUGUUUUAUAACACCAGACAAAGCAAUGCAAGCUGUUUAGAGCGUGAACAGUUGUUUUAUCCUCCAAUUCAGUUGAACUUCAUUAUACGCAAACACUUAUUAUACGGCACACAGUCACAACAGCAGUCGCCUCGUGGCACUCUGUGAGAUUAACCCCUGAGAAAAUUAAAAGGCCAAAACGAGCCGCCCAACGAAUUACAUGCCAGGAAACAAAGAUUACAAAUAAUUGAACCCAUAGUAAAAUAUGAUUGGUCGCACAGAGGUCACGUUUCCUGUUGUUCUUUUUUUAAAUGUUUAAAUAUGAGCUGAAACUCAAAACUGCCCUUGCGUGAUUUUCAGAGCAAUGAGGCGCUAUGCUGCCUUAAAUUCCAACUCACAGAGUGCACGGUUCAAAUCGCGGCCUCAAACCGAUGUGGUCAUGUGGCCUUCUCUGAGCUUUAAUCACGUCUCAGGUCCAAAAGUAAUGCACAGAAACCCACCAGUCAGAUGACCAGAUGAAACUGGCCCCGUCACAGGCCGGUGUGAGCUGUGGUGGCUCCACAGAUUUCUGAGCUUCUGUUUUAAAACGUUACCUGAAACUGGCUGCAGGUCAGGACGCAGCUGCUCUGUUUUCUAAACAAACCAUGAAGGCGACGCGCCGUCAGCUGGUACCUGCACGGCCAAUCACGCUCUCAGCUGACGCGCUGAUCGUUUUUAUAGUUUUUAUUAAGUUAUAAUCGCAUGUAUGAUAUUGUCUGACAGCUGUGAUGGCCAAUCAGCUGCUCGUAUCAAAGAGCAGGAAUCUCGCAGUCGCGUAGAGGAGGCACCACCCUCCACUCCACCCGUUACAGCUCAGGUCUGAACAAGUCGACCGUAGCGUUUCCGUCCAGUGGGCCAAGCGGAGGACUUGCAGACCUCCACAGAUCGUAGUGUUCAGGUUCAGCACGCGCACGCUCCGCUGAUGUCAUCACAACCUAAAAAUGUUAUACUGACUGAUUAAAAAGAGUCAGUCGAAGCUCCGCCCACGCCCACGGUCGGCGCUCGUGCUGCUCGCAGUGUGAUCUCCAGAGGAAAUACAAAUUAGUAUGUCUGCUGAAACGGCGCCCCCUGUGGCCUGCGUGGAGAGAACUUCCUGUUUGCGAGGGUGCGCUCCCUCAUGCUUGGAUGUUUCCCAAAAUACUAAAGCCUGUUACGACUUCCUUACUCUGUCAUCGUCCCACGCGCUCUGUGAUUGGUGCCUUUACUGUAACACUCCGUCCCUUCUGUCAAACUCACGGCGAUGUGUGAGGGGCGGGCCAGCACGGAAGGUCACAACUGCCCUCAGACUGAACCGGCCAAUGAAAAAUCCAACAACUAAACACUAGAAACAGUCACCUCGACUCUUACCCUCAGACUUCCUGUGAUGCCUUACGAGUCUCUCGAAGUGUUCACUUGCCAUCGCGGCGCCAGCAGUACGGGAUCGGACCAGAUCCAGCUGCUCAGAACCAACCAGUCGUUACAGGCUUGACUUAAUUAGACUAUCAGAACCAAUCAGAAUGAGCUCCACGAAAUGAUUCUGCGGCUGCUCGGACAAUCAGCCCUUACCCCCUCGUCUUCUCAUUGGCUCACAGUGAGACUGUUUCCUGUGGACUAAGACCUGAAACCAAACAAACUCCAGCUGAACUCAAACUAAUUCAACUUUCACCUAAUCAGCACUAACAGAAGUCAGGGACCCGCCCCUUUAACGCCUCACCAGUUCAGACCAGUUUAAGCUGGCUCAGGUCGGGACCGUGUGGAUCUGACCAAGGUGGCGGGUCCACCUGGUGACCCCAGAUGUAAACGAAUGUCGUCUUAAGUAAAGCUAACGAUGUCAGCUGUUUGUUCUUCUUCUUGGAUUGUUUUUCUGUUUGUGACCACGACUCUUAAUAAACCGAGUGAACCUGA